AUGGCCACACCACACCUCGAUGCCCUCAAGCGCGACGGCUUCGUCGUCGUCCGCAACAUCCUCACCCCUUCCGAAAUAGCCCACUACCGCACCAUCGCCACUGAAGCAACAACCAAAACCCGCUCUGGAAGCUGGCCACACUUCCGCACCGUCCCUAAACAAUUCCCCCCAUGGCCAACAACCCCACCUCCAGCUUCAGAAGGCGGAAUCUGGGGCGUGCAACACCUAAUGCACCCCUCAAUGCCAGGCCGUGACUCGUUCGCACAAUGCUACUUCUCGCCCUCGAUCCUCGCCGUCGUCGAAGAACUAGUCGGCGUAGCACCAAACACGGUCCCUGAGCCUCUAGUAAUGGAAUUAUUCAACCUUCUCGUCGCGCCGGAAACCAAGGAUUUCAAACUACGCUGGCACCGCGAUGAUGUCCCCGAGACGGCGACCGCUGAAGAAGAGAUUCAGCAGCUUGAAGCGAAGUCACCUGGUGGACGCCAGAGCCACGCGCAGUAUAAUCUCGCGCUGUGUCCUGAUGCCUCGCUGAUUGUUGUUCCGGGUUCGCAUCGUCGCGCGAGGACGGAUGCAGAGAGGAAUGCUGAUCCUUAUGAGGCGAAUAUGCCGAAUCAAUUAGUCGUGCAGCUUCAGCCGGGCGAUGCGGUGUUUUAUGAUAGUAAUAUCUUACAUAGGGGCGUUUACAAGGGGAAGGAGGAGGGUGGAGAGGAGAGUCGGUUGACUCUUCAUGGGAGUGUGGGGUUGAAGGCGGAUGAUGAGACAGAUGCUGAGAAAAAGAAGGUGAGGGCUACGGCUGUUUUGCAGCACGGAGUUGGGGCUUGGGUGCACAGUGAUGAGGCGGCGUUUGGGCUUGGGGAGAGGCCGGAGAAGAUGAGGGCGAAUCUUGUGGCUAUGGGGACUGGGGAGGGUGUUGGGUUUUCGUUGCAGGGUUAA